AUGGGGAAACCCGGGGACCGCCCAGAGUGGGACAGUCCGGUCCAGUUCAUCCUCGCGUGCGUGUCUUACGCCGUGGGGCUUGGGAACGUGUGGCGCUUCCCGUAUCUGUGCCAGAUGCACGGCGGAGGGGGCUUCCUGAUCCCGUACUUCAUCAUGUUGUUCUUGGAGGGAGUUCCUCUGUUCUACCUGGAGCUGGCGAUUGGGCAGAAGAUGCGGCUCGGCAGCAUCGGGGCCUGGACCACCAUCAGCCCGUACCUGGGGGGUCUGGGUGAGUCCCACACGCAACAUCUACACACCCUCACAAACUGA